AUGGUGAAUGAGGAGCUGCUGCUUUUCUUCUAUCGAAUGGACUUAAACGCGCGGCUGGAGGUAAAGCGCCGUGAGAGGUAUAGCGCAAGUAGGGCGCAGGUACGGCGCAGGUACGGCGCAGGUGUAGUGCAGAUAGGGCGCAGCCCUCCCGCCCCGGCCUCCACUUUAUUCGGUGCCUCAUUCUGCCCCGUUUCCCCUUUUUUUUCUUCCGCCUGCCCGUUGUGCAGAGAGGAGCUACAGCGGGCAGCAUACGGAGGAGAAACAGGGGCGGUGAGGUGUCGCUUUCAGUUGGGGCAGCGCGUGCAGCACUGCAAACAUGGUGAGAGAGCAGCAGCAGGAGGGGGAGUGGGAGAAGUGGGAGGGAGGGGAGGGUUUGGGGAGAGGGGGUUGAGAGGAGAGAGGGGGAGGAAUGUUGAGGUGCCUGUGGGGCAUCCAGGCGCAUCUGAGCCUGGUGGAACAGUGGGUGCAGCGGGUGAGCGGAUGAGCAGGUGCAGCGGGUCCAGACACGGUGAGAGAGAGGGGGGGAAGGGGGGUGUUGUGGGGAAGGUGGGGGGGGAAGUACGGGGGGGAGUCCAGGCGCAUCUGAGCCUGGAACAGCGGGUGCAGCAGUUCAGACAGAGGGGUGAGAAAGAGGGGGGGAGGGGGGUGUUGGAAGGCGGUGGUGUGUGUGUAUAUCCCGCUGCUGGGAGUGGCAUUCUGAACCUAUACGGCCGUGGUGGUGGGCGUGGAUCCCGUGUGCUGCAGCUGGCAACUGAACUUGCUUCCUACAAUGCGGUGGUGGUGGGCGUGGAUCCCGUGUGCUGCGAGUCAGCAGAGUGGAUGGCAGCUGCUGACGUGGCAGGCCUUCCCAGAGGACCGUGCCAGCCAUUCUACCAGGUUCUCCUGGACUCUGCUGCAGGAGGAAGCUUCCCGGUAGCCUACGGUGAGUGA